GUUUCUCCACUCAUGUAGCGUCUCGCUUAGUUUACUUCCUGUCCAUGUGGUGCAUGUGUGAAGAGGGGAUACUUACACUUUUGUGGGAUUAAACGGAUUUACACAUUUGAAACAUCAUCGAUAGUUGAGUCAACCCACAGAUCAAUAUGGCCCCGGCUUCCAAAAAGAACAAGAAAAAGAGGCCUAGCUUCAGAAAACUGCUGAAAACCAGCAAUCUGAAGCUAGAAAACAAACAGAAGAAUCGGCAGUUUAAGCAACAGAGCUCAGCUAAGAAAUACCGCAAAGAACAGAGGAAACUUCGACAAGCCAUUACCAAUGUCUCCAAUAAGACCCCCAAACCCCUGGAGUGCUAUAAAAAGAAACCAGUGGGGGAAGAAGAAGAAGAAGAAGAGGAGUUCCUGGAGUCUCUGCCUGUAGACAUGAUGGACGAGGAUGACCUAGAACAGAUCAAAGCCAUGGCAAAGAAAGCUUCCUUUUUGACUCGAGACAUCUCUUCAUGUGCGCCAGCACAUGCCAAAAAGCGCAAGUCCGAGCAGCCGGUGGAGAAGUAUGAGAAGAUACCCAGGAAGAUGCAGCAGGAGGAAGAGAAAGAACUCAUUCAUCUGCUGCCCAUCAAAGACAAGAGAGGCCUGAUCCCUCAGACCAUGGAGAAACCCGUUGUGCCGAAGGCAGAGGAAGAGGAGGAACCAGUCGACCAGGAUGAAUUAAAUAAAGAGGAAGAGGAACCAGAAAGCCUCCCACUGUUAAAUGCUCAGGAGCAAUUUGAGCUUCGCUCUCAGAGACUGAUGGAGAAGAAACUGCGCAUCGCAAGCCUGUCGUCCACAAUACUCGCAGAUCCACAUGUGAAUAUCAAGAGGCUGAAGGAGCUGAGGUCCAUGCUGAUGGAGACGGACCCGUGCAUCGCUGUUACUGUCAGAAAGCUAGUCAUGGUGUCUCUCAUGGAGGUGUUCAAGGACAUUGUGCCAUCAUAUCGAAUCCGACCCCUGACAGAAGAGGAGAAAGCUACAAAGGUGAAAAAAGAGACGAUGCAGUUGAGGGAGUUUGAGGAGGGUCUCAUCAGCCAGUAUAAGUUUUACUUGGAAGAUCUGGAACAGACAGUCAAAGACUGGAAGCAGAAGAAGGAGAAGAAAAGUCAGGCCGUGUCUCUUCAGAGUUAUAAAGGUCUUGCUGAAGUGGCCAUCCGGUGCAUUUGUGAGCUCAUGGUCGCUCUGCCACACUUCAAUUUCCACAACAACAUCAUAGUCAUGGUGGUGCCUUUGAUGAGCGACCCCUUCCGGAAUGUGUCUGAUAUGUGUUGUGAAGCCAUCAGCAAACUGCUGAAGCAGGAUAAACUGGGUCAUGCCUCAUUAGCGGUGGUGAAGGUCAUCUCAGGCAUUGUCAAGAGCAGGAACUACAAGGUCAAACCUCAGGUGCUGAAUUGUUUCCUCUCUCUGAGAAUAAAAGAAGUGGAAAUGAAGAAAGAUGCUGAAGAUACUGCACCCAAAAAGAAGUUCAUGUCCUUCAAGGAGAAGAGGGCGAAUUUGUCCAGAAUGCAGCGGAAGUGGAAGAAAGCAGAGGAGAAGCUGCAGAAAGAACUUCUAGAAGCAGAGGCUUCAGAGAACAAGGACAAAAAAAUUAAAUUGCACACAGAGACGCUGAACAUCGUGUUCCUCACCUACUUCAGAAUACUGAAGAAAGCUCAGAAGUCCAUCUUAUUGCCCUCCGUUUUAGAAGGUCUUGCAAAGUUUGCUCAUUUGAUAAACUUGGAGUUCUUCGAUGAUUUGUUGGCGGUGCUGUACGGCCUCAUCACAUCGGGUGAUCUGACGGUUCGCGAGAGCCUUCACUGCAUCCUCACAUCCUUCCACAUCCUCUCAGGACAAGGUGACGUCCUCACCAUCGACCCUUUGAAAUUCUACAACCACUUAUACAAAACCCUGCUGACGCUGCACGCAGGACGAACGAACGAGAACACGGAGAUCGUGCUACAGUGUCUGGACAUCAUGCUGACCAAACGCAGGAAGCAGGUGACUCUGCAGAGGGCGCAGGGCUUCCUGAAGAGACUGAGCACGCUCGGUCUGCACCUCAUGCCUGACUCGUGUGUGGGCAUCCUGGCGGCCAACAGGACACUGAUUCAUACCUUCCCUAAGUGUGACAUCCUGCUGGAUAAUGAGAUGCAGGGAAGUGGUGUGUAUCUGCCAGAGCUGGAUGUGCCUGAAUACUGCAACCCCCAGAACACAUCACUAUGGGAGCUUCACUUACUGAAGAGACACUAUCACCCCAUGGUGAGGAAGUUUGCAGUUCAUCUGAUGAGAGGUGCUCCUAGUGAAGGAUCAGGUGCUCUCAGCAUGGAGCUCAGCAGAAGGGCUCCGGUGCAGCUGUUUGAAGACUACAGCGUUAAAGACAUGAACUUCAACCCUCCUGUUGCAGAGCCUCCCUCAAAGAAAAAGGAACAUUUCACAAUCGGUGAUGCGUUUUUAGAUUCCGAGCUGAAGGCGCAGAUAGAUGCUGCUCUUCAAAACGAGAGCGAGGAGACAAAUCUAGACUUCACAUCACAGCAGGAAACAUGGAUCAAUGUAAAUUAAGACCUGAAAUGCUGUUUUGUAUCAGUUUGUGUAAAAUAAAUGCUCCAAGAUACCA